ACUCAGAGAAACAGACGGAGAGACGCGGAGAGGAGCAGCAGCAGCAGCAGCAGCAACCUGUGUCCACAACCAGGAGCGCACUCCAAGAGCGACACUUCUUCAGACAGCCGACAAACUAAUGUUUCAGAAAGAAACUAGUAAUAAUGAGGAUGAUGGUGGGUUUAUUCUAACACAUGCACGGUGUUUUUAUCACCUUUUAUGUAAGAUCUUUGUUGGAUGGAUGGUGCGCUUCUGACUUGGAUUAACGCGCGGUGAUAAAGGGCGAUUCUGCGCACUUGGACAAAUUAUGUAAGGUUGCCCAGGCGUCUUAGCCUGCAGUAUUACCCUCAGACACAGCCAUGAAGUCUGUGCUGGAUGGUGUGGCGGACACCACCUUCCGGACUAUUACAUCUGGUUUACAGUAUCUGGGCUCCAACGACGCUAACUAUGACAACCCCCUCAAUGAUGUAGACUUCAAGGCAGGUUUCGCUCUGCAGAAGCCUUUAUCUGCUUUCCGCAGCGACUCCUUCCCAGGCAAAGUACCUGCGGACGAGGAGCUCAUCCUCAAGGGCAUCCCCUUCUUCCCCACCAAUGCCACGGACUUGUUUGGCAACCGGAGCAUGUUGGGAGAUGAGACUAACACUUUACAAUGUGGGGAUAACUUUAUGGACAUGGAGUGUUUCAUGAUCCUGACCCCCAGCCAGCAGCUGGCUGUGGCAGUGAUGUCUCUGACUCUGGGUACGGUCACAGUGCUGGAGAACCUGGUGGUGCUCUGCGUCAUCUUUCAGUCCCGCACCCUCCGCUGCCGGCCGUCCUACCACUUCAUUGGCAGUCUGGCUGUGGCUGACCUUCUGGGAAGUGUUAUAUUUGUCUACAGCUUUCUGGACUUCCAUGUCUUCCACAGGAAGGACAGCCCCAAUGUUUUUCUCUUCAAACUGGGUGGAGUCACAGCGUCUUUCACUGCGUCUGUGGGGAGUCUUUUCCUCACUGCUAUUGAUCGCUACAUCUCCAUACACCGGCCUCUGGCCUACAGGCGCAUCGUGACACGGACCAAGGCUGUCAUUGCCUUCUGUGUGAUGUGGACCAUCUCUAUCGUCAUCGCAGUGCUACCUCUGCUGGGCUGGAACUGUAAAAGUCUCAACUCAACUUGCUCAGACAUAUUUCCUCUGAUUGAUGAGAACUACCUGUUGUUCUGGAUCGGUGUUACCAGUGUGCUGGUUCUUUUCAUCAUCUACGCCUACAUGUACAUCCUGUGGAAGGCGCACCACCACGCCGUGCGCAUGCUGAGCCGCACCUCCCAGAAGAGCCUUGUUGUUUACUCAGCAGAUGGGACUAAAGUGCAGUCCGCUCGCCCGGAGCAGACGCGCAUGGACAUUCGCCUCGCCAAGACCCUGGUGCUCAUCCUGGUGGUGCUGGUCAUCUGCUGGGGCCCACUGCUCGCCAUCAUGGUGUAUGACCUCUUCUGGAAGAUGGGCGAUGAUAUUAAGACAGUAUUUGCAUUCUGCAGCAUGCUCUGCCUGCUCAACUCCACUGUCAACCCGGUCAUCUAUGCCUUGAGGAGCAAGGAUAUGCGGCACGCCUUCAUCACCUCCUGCCAGGCCUGCAGGGGCACGGGCCAGCAGCUGGAUAAUAGCCUCGAGUCAGACUGCCAGAACAGACAUGCCAACAUUUCUGCCAACAGGGCUGCAGAGAGCUGUGUGAAGUCCACUGUGAAAAUAGCCAAAGUAACAAUGUCUGUGUCAACUGAAACUUCUGCAGAGGCUGUCUGAUGGCCCUUCACUGGGGAACAUGUGUAAAUGUCAUCCUCCCCAAAACAAUGACAUCCACCAGAAUGAAGCAGAAAGUUGAAAAUAAAAAGAAAUCCUCUCCUGAAAGUAUUGACUUACAUCCUCACAUUGGCUUUAGUGGUUGCAUUAUUUUAUGUUGGUUUGUAAGUACAUAGUGUGCCAAAGUGCCAAAAAGUAUUGCAAGUUGAUAGGAAAGGACUCACAAUUUGAAAGGAUUAUCAAAGACUAUCAUGAGUCUGCUAUCUACCAUAGACCUCAUGAUAUCCAGUUAGUGAAGGCAUAUUAUAUUUUUGUACUGUGAAUUCAGGUUUUGAAAACAAUAUUAUCUUCAUUUAUGGGAUAAGGGGCUACUGACGUUUUUAAUUCGAGAUGUUUUAUUGUGUCAUUUAGACUUUAAAAUGUGUCUUGCGCCAUAAAUAUAACAAAUCUUUGGCAACUUGACUUUCUAAUCUACAGGCUUCAUGUACAUUAGGCAUUUCUAUGAAGGAGUGAUAGAAAAAAAGUUUCAAAUGACUGAUUGUUUAUUUCAAAAAUUGUCAUUUAACAUGUCACUUUUGUAUUUGUUCUGACGACACUCAGUGAGUGGGAAAAUGUGUGAAGGAGAUUUUGAGAUUUGAUGGGUGAUUCAUGCUCAAGAUAUAUAAAAAAAACAUCACCAUCAACUAAAAAACUCCAAUGAGAUGGAGGUAAACGGAUUCACAGAUUUUGAGCGUGUCAAAUCUGAAAUGACAUUUCUGUGGCAGAGUGACGAUGGUCCCUGUUGUCCAUUUCUUUACCCGCUAGCUAAAGUAACGUGUCUUUGUUCAAUUGUAAACCUAACAACUGUACAGUGUUUUUCUUGCAAAGAUAAAGUGUUCAAACCGCCUCAUUCAGCUGUACAGCCAGCAAAACAACAACAAGCUUGAAUACAUCAAAACUGACGCAGUGUGCUGGACACAACUGCAACAAACUGAAGUGGUUUCAAACUAUAUCUGCUUUCAUCAAAUGUAAUAUUUUACUGAAUUCAGCCAUGUAUGUGUGUAAUACCUUGUGACUUGGUGAUAUAUUUCCAACCCCAAGCCUUUUGAUCAUUGCAGUGAGUUGUUUUUAGUGCCACUGUUGCAGAGGGACAUCAUUUUGGAAAAGAAAAGCAACCCAUGCACAGGCCUAGUGAAGUACUUCUGGCGUAACUCUAAAUAAAAAUAUGUCUGCUGUUAAUUUUACGUAUCUAAACAAAGAAACAGGGGUUGUUUCAUUAGCUGGUAACUUGGAUGGAAACUGUAUGUAUGCAUUGUGUGAAGACUCGGCAACUGACCUUACAAAAGAAUCUAAGAUGUGACUUUCCUUAUAGGUGAUGUAGUACUUUUAAUCUAGAAAUCUCACAGCACAAUUGUUCUGUAGACAUUUAUCUUGGUGUAAAGUUAUCCAGACUGUUUAUCAGUAUUCUUUGCUGCCUCUUGUAUUAUGAGUAUUGAAAAUCAAAUUGUCAACUGUCAAGUGGCUUCUGUGCAGUGGUGGCAUAAUGAGGAAUCUAUGACUUAAAAAACACAAUCAGUCAAGUGGUUUUAGUAUUGCUGUUUUCAAACUUUUGAAUAAAGUUGCAGCUGGUUGUCA